CCCAGAGCCGCGGGAGGGGAGGAGUUCUGGUGGCAGAGCCAGCCAGCCAGCAGGCUGGGACAACCAACCGGCCUCUGAAGUAAGCCCGAAGUUACAUGUGGGAAGUGGUGGUUGAGUGACGCAAGUUUUCAGGGGCCCCUUCACUACGAGGGAGCUCUCCGGAGCGGGCUGGACUUCGUGCAGUUGCAAUGUGAAAAGAAGAGGAAAACUGCCCAACACACCACGUACCCAAGAGCUAGUUUCUUCGCUCCAGCUGCUGCUGCUUGCUGCAAAGCUUUCCAACCUCUAAUCCCCUUUCUCUUCCUCUUCUCCCCUUACCGCGUAGAGGGGUGGGGAUGCACAGCCCUCCAGCACCUAAUGCAGGUUCGGGGCCAGACUGCCGGGGGCGAGCUGCGUUUCUCUCAUUUGCUGGGGUGGGUUUUUUUUUUUUUUUUUUUUUUUUUUUUUGCAAUGCUUGCCAACCUGUCAGCUGAUGGACCUCAUCACCCAUAGUGGCGCAUGAAGCUCAGACAGUUUGCUUCAUUCACACAGUCCUUCCCAGCCUGCCCACCGCACCCCCCCAACACCCCCUUGGCGGAAAAGAAGUGGUGCCGGCCCCUAGCCAAAGGCUAUCCCCAGGGUUCCGCUCCCCUCUCGCCCCAGUCUCCCGCCAGCCCGGGGGGGCGCUGCAAAUAGUCCUUUGUUUACAUGCAAUUCCUUACUCCGCGGAAGGAGGCUGGGGGAGUGCUGAGUUUUCACCAGCUGUUUCCCGCCUUGAAACAGACAUCUGAUCAGCUGCAAACACACAUACACACACACUCACACACACGCACGGGGAGGCAGGCCGGAGAGACUUCCCCCUCCCUCCUUCCCCCCCACCCCCCCUUGCCGCCAGCAUCUGGGACCGGGAGAGCCAGCACCUCCGACGCUGCCCUUUGAUUCGGAUUUCCAUUUUGCAUUCUCCUGCGGAUCGGGACCACGGACUUGGCUUUUGCAGAGGAGGGGGGGCCCGAUCGCUAUGGAGUAUUUCAUGGUGCCCGCUCAGAAGGUGCCCUCUUUGCAACAUUUCAGGAAAACAGAGAAAGAAGUGAUAGGAGGGCUCUGUAGCCUGGCCAACAUUCCAUUGACCCCAGAGACCCAGAGGGACCAGGAGCGUCGAAUACGUCGGGAGAUUGCCAACAGCAAUGAGAGAAGGCGAAUGCAGAGCAUUAAUGCGGGGUUCCAAUCCCUGAAAACCCUCAUCCCACACACAGAUGGAGAGAAACUCAGCAAGGCAGCCAUUCUUCAACAGACAGCAGAAUACAUCUUUUCCCUGGAGCAGGAAAAAACAAGGCUCUUACAACAGAACACACAACUCAAACGCUUCAUCCAGGAAUUGAGUGGCUCAUCUCCCAAACGGCGGAGGGCAGAGGAUAAGGACGAGGGCAUUGGCUCGCCAGACAUCUGGGAGGAUGAGAAGGCUGAAGAUCUGAGGCGAGAGAUGAUCGAGUUGAGGCAGCAGCUGGACAAGGAGCGUUCAGUCCGAAUGAUGCUGGAGGAGCAGGUACGUUCUCUGGAGGCUCACAUGUACCCUGAGAAGCUGAAGGUGAUUGCCCAGCAAGUCCAGCUACAGCAACAACAGGAGCAGGUGAGAUUGCUGCACCAAGAGAAGCUGGAGCGUGAGCAGCAGCAACAGCAGCUCCGCACACAGCUCUUGCCCCAUCAUGGGCCUCCACCAGCUCCCACCCACCAUCCGACAGUGAUUGUGCCUGCUCCUCAACCCCCACCCUCACACCAUGUCAAUGUAGUCACCAUGGGUCCUUCAUCAGUCAUCAACUCAGUCUCCACAUCCCGGCAAAACCUGGACACCAUCGUGCAGGCAAUUCAGCACAUCGAAGGCACACAAGAGCAGGAGGAACAGGAACAAGAAGAGCAGCGGCGGGCAGUGAUUGUGAAGCCACCAGUCCGGGCCUGCCCGGGGGCCCCUGCCUCUGACACAGCUUCAGACUCAGAGGCCUCCGACAGUGAUGCUAUGGACCAGAGCAAGGAGGACCCAGCAGGGGAUGGGGAUCUCCCCUGACCCCCCCCAUAGCCCUCCUCUUCCUCCACCCUCAGGGGGGCAAGGGGGCAAGGGCAAUAGUGGGGAGAAACACUCGAGAUUUUUACAAAAUUACAAUGUCAUUUGGGUCUCUUUUAUGACCUCUUUUCAAUACUGUAAUUCUUUAACAAAGCCAACACAUCCAACUUUGGAGGAGGCUGGGGAAGGAUGGAGGACAAAGCUGGAACUCAGGUGGUACCAGGGGGCCAGGGCAGGCUAGAAGAGGCUGGGGAAGAAGUCAGGGACCUCCCUGGACCCUCUCCACCAAACCAUUUUGCAUUUAAUUUUAAAGGGGAAAAAUAUGCCAAUAUUUCUUCCCUCCUCUUAGAAGCCAGCCCUGGCACAGUGACUAUCCCCUCUAAUCUACCACUUGUUCCCCUCCUUUCUCUCUCCCCCUUCCUCUUCCUCCUCCCUCCCUCUUGUUUUUUCCUCUUUCCCCUUUAAGCACUUAAAUGGAUUUGGGGGCUGUGGGUCUGGCUGGGCUGGGGCUGUUUGGGGGCCUGGGUGGGGGUGGGGUGUGUAUGUUGCUUCUUAGUUUGGGGUUUUGUCAUGCCCCCUCCUCCCUUUCCACCUGGCUCAGCACUAGAAUUAGCUGUUAUUCUUUACCCCCCUCAACCUUUCCCCCUAGGUUUACCCCCUCCUCCAGCCACAGCUGUCUUUGUCCUUUUCUUUCUUUCUCUUUUUUUCUUUCUUUUUCUCCCUCUUCCUUCCUUCCUUUCCUUCCUUCCUUUCUUGGUUUUGUCUGUUGUUGUUUUUUUUUACAAUUUUGAGGUCUUUGUGUUCGGGGAGAAGCUAUUAUAUUUUGUUAAGAAAUGGGAAAAAAAAAAACCAAGGCCACUGUGCCUUUGUAAAGAUACAAAAUAAAGUUUGUACUUUGUUUUUUAGA